AUGAGUCCUCUUAAUGAUGAUCAAUCAAGAAAAUUAUUCUUCCAUGGAGUUUUUGGCUCCGAAGAUUCUUGUCCUCCAAAUUUCAAAGGAGUUUCGUCAAAAAUCAUCAUGAAAUCAGGUGGUUUACCAUUAGUUAUUGCAAAUAUAGCCAGCAUGCUAGCAAGCGAACCAAACCUCAUGCUGCAGCGAUGGGAGCUCAUUCAAGAUUCUUUACCCUCAGUUCUGAGGACAAAUCCAACUACUAAAGCCGUGAAAGAAUGUAUAAACAUUGUGUACAAUAACCUACCAACUAACUUGAAGACAUGUUUGCUGUAUUUUAACAUGUAUCCAGAGGACUACACCAUUGAGAAGGAUGAUUUGGUGAAGCAAUGGGCAGCUGAAUGUUUUCUAAGUGCUGAAGCACAAGACAAAGAAGAAAUUGCAGAGAUUUACUUCGAUGAGCUUCUCAACAGAGGAAUGAUCCAACCUGUGGACACCAAUUAUAAGGGCAACAUAUUGUCAUGUGUAGUUCAUCACAUGGUAUAUGAUCUUAUUAGUUUCAAAUCCACAGAGGAGAAUUUGAUCAUCCGAGUAGACUAUUUACAACAGAAUCUAGCGCUUCCUGACAAGGUUCGUCGACUGUCCCUCCAGUUUGGAGGUGCAAGAAGUGCUAAGAUACCAGAAAGCAUUAUAACGUCCCAAAUUCGGUCGCUUACAUUUUUUGGACUUAUAGGAUGUGUACCUUCAGUGGUGGAUUACAGGCUCCUUCGAGUUUUAAUUCUUCAUAUUUUGUCUGAUCAAGAAAAUAUUUUGGACCUUACUGGAAUUCAUGACCUUAUUCGACUGAAAUAUCUGAAGAUAGAAAGUAAUGGCAUCAUCAAACUUCCAGGCAGGAUUCAAAGGUUGAAAAACUUGGAGGUAUUGGAAGUAGAUGCAAGAGCAGUGGCUGUUCCCUCAGAUAUUAGCCACUUGGAGCAUUUAUGUCACCUCCAAUUGCCAAGACAAACUAGAUUUCCUGGUAGUAUUGGUCGUUUGACAUCUCUUUGCACGCUAAGCAAUUUCGAUCUCAGCAAAAACUCAAAACAAAAUGUGAUUGAUCUUCGCAAUUUGACCAAUCUGCGGGAUCUUUGUCUCAUUUGUUCUUCGACACAGCCAGAUGAUACUCUGAAGAAUAACAUGAAAGGUUUGGGCCAUAUUCUCGAGAAACUUGGCAACCUCAGGUCUAUAACUCUGGCACAUGAAGUCUUCUCUCGUACAAAUACUCUCGAUGAUCCAUGUGUUCGAAGCAAGAGCAUUUCUUGUGACAGCUUUGGCAUUGCUCCCCCUUAUCAGUCCCCUCUUGAGAGGAUAGAGCUUUCGCGGCAUUGGUGCAUUUUCUCCAACCUACCCGAGUGGACCAAACAACUUCACAGGCUCCGCGUUCUAAAUAUUGCAGUGGGUGAGUUGUUAAUACGUGAUGUUGAUGUUCUUGGAGGAUUGCCUUCACUCACUGGUCUCUCACUGUAUAUCCGGACAGCGCUACCUGAAAGAAUUGUUUUUCACAAGGUAGGAUUCUCAGUUCUCAGAUACUUGAAGUUUAGGUGCAGUACACCAUGGCUGAGAUUUGAGGUAGAUGCGUUGCCUAAUCUUCAGAAGCUUAAGCUAGGUUUCAAUGCACCAAAGGUGGAUCAACAUGUUGCUACACCAAUUAGCAUCGAGCACUUAUCAGGCCUCAAAGAGAUUUCUGCAAAAAUAUGGGGUGCAGGUGCUGACGCCAUGUCUAUCUUGACGACUGCAGUUUGGAACCAUCCAAGAAAUCCUAGAAUCAAUGUGCAAUUAGUGGAGACAAAAUUUCAUGUUGACGAGGGUAGAAGCUUAGGUAUGGGGAAAGAUGAGAAGGAACAAGAGAAUCUAGAAGGAAAAGACGAGAUCCUUGAAGUGCAUCAUGAUGCAUAUUAUGGAACUCGAUAUGGCGAAUCAGGUGAAUAUGAGAAUGAGGCUGAAAGUAUACAGAUACAAGAGGAAGCAAACAAUAAUCUUGAAGAAAAAGGUGAAAUACUUGAGGAGGACAAGGAAGGAUAUUAUGAAGCUCAAAAUGUAGGCCUUGGUAAAGAUAACAAGCAAGUUGGCAUGCUUGAGAAAAAACCUGAAGAGCAAGAUGAGAUAGAAGAAGUCAUUGAAGAAUGUAGUUCGGCUCAUUACAAAGGCUUAGGGAAGGAUGAGAAUAAACAAGCUGAUACCAGUGCAGUCAGCGGUGGGCGGCAGCGGGUGUUGGGAAAGCCUGCAUCCACGGAGGUAAAAAACGAUAAACCGUAUGGCGUCAGCGGAGGCUGCUUCGAGUGGCUGCUGGGAGUGCUAGGGGCAGGCGUGGUCAAGGGCGCAGGAAGCGCAAAGUCCGCGCAGUUUGCUUGGGAUUGGGAGGUAAAAAUUUUCCUUGAUUUAUUACUGAUGACAUGGAUAAUUCUACCUUGA